AUGUAGUCCUGGGGCCCAGAGAGCAGGAGGAGGAGCAACAUGGACCCAGCGGUCUCGAUCCGGGAUUGCCAGGCUGAAGACUGCACUGAAGUCCUGCGUUUGAUCCGGGAACUGGCAGAAUAUGAGAAAGUACCUGAGCAGGUGAAAAUCAGCGAUCAAGGGCUUUUCCAAGAUGGAUUUGGACAGGAUCCGUUCUACAAAUGCUUGGUGGCCGAAGUCCCCCCAGAACGCCGAAGUAAAGGAGGUCACACCAUCGUCGGUUACGCCCUGUAUUUCUUCACUUACAGCACCUGGAAAGGACGGAACAUCUAUAUGGAAGACCUCUAUGUGAUGCCAGAAUUUCGGGGACAAGGGAUUGGGAAGAAGCUGAUGCGGACGGUUGCUGAGAUUGGCUUGGAGAAGGGAUGCACCCAGAUGAAAUUCAGCGUCCUGGACUGGAACCAGCCGGCCAUCGACUUCUACCUGGGCGAAGGGGCCGUGGACCUGACCGCUGCCGAAGGGUGGCACGUCUUCCGCUUCGAGGCCGACGCCAUGCGGCAACUUGCAAGUAAAUAAACCCUUUUGGGUUCAACGAAUGCACCUUCUUCUAGGAUCCUCUGCCACCCAUCCGGAUGCCCGGCACUUGUGUGUAGUAAUUUUCAUAGGCACCCUACAAUGAACACACUCUAGACCAGUGGUUCCCAACCAGUGGUCUGCAAGAACUAAAAUACGGUCCGGCGUGAAACAUUUAAAUAUAUGUAAGGUCCUUUGACAGGCUCCCUGUUUUGCUCGAGGCUUUUGGACUUACCCAUUAUUGAGAAAUUAGAAAUAAAAGGCAUGUUUAAAAACAAAA